GUGAUCGUGGGUUGCCGAUCGAGGGCUCUGUGAAUCACCUUUUCAUCCUAAACAGUAACUUCAUAGAAAAAAAUAAUCUAUAAAUCUUAAUGAAGCUUAUCGGAACAUGCUCUGAGUACUUGGAGCAUCAGUUUUGUUUUCCCGUCACAAUGUUCUUGUGUGAUUGGCUGAAGCGUGGAUUUAAUUGAAAGUUCGCUGUAUUUCUCUUGCGCCACACGCCGGCGCCCACGAGGGAUGGAGGGGCGCCCGAAGAGGGUCGGCAAGACGUCACUCAAAGGGACAAGCGGUCCGGCCAAGAGAAGCGGAUGUAGAGGACACGACCCGAUGUCUCCCUUGCUGCCGUGUAGUGCGGUAACCCACUCCGGCGAGGCAGCGGGGAUAGUUACCUCUAAAAACGCCCUGCGGGAGAGGACCCGUGUGGAGAGUCUGCGCAGAGCCUAUAUGGAGCUGCAAGGCGCCAUCCCUUCUGUGCCGCCCAACACUAAGCUUUCCAAACUGGAUGUCCUCGUGUUGGCGACCACCUACAUCUCCCACCUGUCACAGUUGUUGCAGGAAGAUGACUUGCGCGCCAUUCACGACUCCAAUAACAACAACACCACCACAGCUGCCAAACACACAGGUUUCGAGCAGCCCAUCCAUCACUCGAAGGUGGAACCCACUGCAAGGGGCCCGCAGAAAGGACUCCUGCAUCCUGUCAAGAAGUGGCCGAUGCGUGCGCGCCUGUACCCUGGUGUGGUCUCAAGCGAGACAGCCUUACUGAUGGGGGAGCAGCCUCCCGCCGUGCGGCAUUUGCGCUCCAAGCUGAGUACCCUGUCGGCCAAUACUACUCCAUACACGCUUGCUGCUCAGCUAAGGGCCCCCACGCUUCAGCACGCCCCCACUUUCGACAAUAACUCAGCUGCCUCAGCAGGAAUGCCUUCAGAAGACGGUUCAACAUCUCUAUUUAGUGACUCAACGACCGUCGUGAGUGGCGGGCUGUCCGGAGGCCACACCUGUCUUCCGCCACCCUACCAUGCCAACUACCUGGGCUCGUGGGAGGCGGAGGGGCCGUGGGUCCAUGAUGCGGUGGCCAGCGAUCUCUCUGCCUGUCAUCAGCCCUGGGCCACCUACACCGGCUGCUGGUCGUCCUGGCAGGACUGAGGUGCUUCAAAUUGUUCAGGAACCACGCACCAACAACAAAACAAAACAACAACAAAAAAUCCUUUUCCGUGUGACAGGCAGUUCGAGAAGGUACCAUCAUUAUGAAUGGCUGCUGAACUAUAAAGACAAUAAACAAAAACAAUGCAUGCAACUCUUAUGCCACUAUCCGCAAUUAGGGAACUUAUGUAGCCUAUAAAGUAGCAAUUGUCAGAGGUUGAAAUAAAAUGUUAUUGUGGCCUAUUUACCUCGGGGCAAUGUAAAAUCUUGUUCUGAUCCUGCUAAGAUGGAUGAGAUGUGUUGUUUAUCUGGUCGUCUCAAACCCAAGGCGUAAGUUACAUCCGCUGAAGUAAUAUGGAUGGCGUGAUGGUAGUGCAGGCCUAUCAGACUCCCGUGCCCUCAUUUUCUGUCGACUCGAUCUGUCUCAGAACACCAGAGACUAGUUCAGCAUGCUCUCUAAAGACAAAUCGUUCUAUGGUGAAGAAGAAAAAGAAUAAAACAGUCUUCUAAUCUCAUGGUGGCGACCCAAAGAAGUGUCUUGAAAAAUCCUCUAACCUUUAAUUUCUAACAUUCGCUGCUUUUGUUCUAAUUUUCAUUCUGUGGAACACCAUCUUUCCUACUCUAAACUCCAUCUUCUCCUUUAACCAAACCACAGAUUUAUGAGGCUAUUGACAGUAAUAUUUAUUCUUUCUUAGUUUAUCCUUAAAUUCAUGUUCAAAGCUGGAUGGUGCGUCUGAGUAAGCUAAAGGCAUUACUUGCUCCUGUGCCCACGAAAUAUAUUCCUGAUUUUUUUUCUACCAUCUGGCCAAGACUUGUCAUUCUAUUACUAAGUAUGUCUGUUGUUUAUCUUUCACCUAUUUUUAUCUACUAAUUUUUCUUUCACUAUUUGAAUAAUUCCAAUCUAAAGUAAUAUACAUUUUGACUCAGCUGCCUUCUCUGAAAUUUUUACCUGAGAAGAAUUCCAUGUUCAUCACCAGCUCGGCUUUCAUCCUCUGUCACAGAUCAGCCUGAUGAACAAGCCUACAGCUUAGCUCUCCUUAACCCGAAAACUUAGUACUUUGAGUCUCAUUGAGCUGCUUAGUGGGCGACAGCUAAGCGACCCUUAUGAGCGCUAUUUUCAAUUUUGUCCCACUGAAGCCCUGAGUGAUGUGCUACCCCGAUAUUUUGUGUGUUUGCAACACUUACUGUUAAGGGGUAUACGCCAUCCUCACUAUGAGCCUAUAAGUAGUCUAUCAUUAGAGAUCAUGCCGAGAGCAUCUACUUUCUCGUGGAAUGAUUAUAAUUGUUUCUAUGUCAGAUACAUCGUGUGCCCGGCGCAUGACAGAGGUCACUGCGAUGUCGGCACACAUUGCACACACUUUCUCAGCUCAUGCUAAAACGCACUGGUUCAGUCACACUUAUUCACAUGCCACCAAAGAUAGAGGCAUUUCACAAGAGAUAUCUAAGCCUUUCGUCUAAGAAGUCACAAUAUUUCUGCCGGAAAUCGUGCCAAAUUUAUUAACGCCUUUCCGAAAAUUCGUCCAUGUAUUAAGAUAAAAUGUAAAAAUCUUGGUAACUCCAAUUCUACUUAUGGAGUUUGGUCACCCGGCCCCUCAAAAAAGCUUCGUCUUUUCCAUCUCUUUACUUUUUAUAUCAUUAUUGAUAUUACAUUUGUUAUUUUAAGCUGAAACUCUUUGCUUAAACUAUCUCAGAAAAUUCACCUCUAAUUCAACACAGAAUUCAAUUAAAAUACCUCCAAUCCAUUCGGCAUUCGGCAUCCGACUAUAUACUGUUCUCAUAUCCUGUCCGCUCGAACUCCUUUGCCAAUGCUUUUCAACAUCUGUCUUUCCUUCCGCCUGGAAACAUUUCACUGACGUUCGAGCCAACAUUUUGAUAUUUUGUAGAAAUGCUGAUC